AUGAGUGGAGAAGAUGAAGAUAUAUCGAUUGACGACGAAGAUGAUGGUUAUAUAACAACAACAACAACUACUACAACGACAGCUACAUCAUCAUUUAAUCAAUUGCAGCAACAAGAGCAACCAGACGAUGAUGAAGAAGUAGACUAUGAAUUGGAUGAAGACGAUGAUGACCAAGACAUGCAAAUACCUCCAUUCUCUACGUCAAGAGAGGAUGACGACGAUCAAGACAACCCGUAUUCGACCAUGUCAUUCACUGCAACCAACAAUACUGUCAGUAAUCGAAUGAACCUAUUGUACAGCGACAACAAUGUAUCUCUUGUUCAACCUAUAGAUGUACAACAACAACAACAGCAACAGAUGCAACAGAUGCAACAACAACAUCAACAACAUAAUAACCCAAAUUCACAAAGAUUAAACUUACUGUACAGCGAUGCAAACAUUGGUACUGUCAAUGGAUCAUUGAAUGAUAGUAGUAAUGGUAGUACGGUGCAACAUCAUCAACAGCAACAUCAUCAACAUUCAAUCGACCCGAAUCAAAGAAUGCAACAAUUAUUGUAUAGUGAUGCAUCGGUUAUGAAUAGUUCCUAUGGUUCAUUGCAAGUUGAUCAACAACAACAACAACAAUCCUAUGAAAAUAGAAUGAAUCUAUUGUACAGCGAUGCCAAUAUUUCAACGAUUCAUUCAUCUUCAUCAUCUAUUCAACAACAACCAAGACAUAACAACAACAACAAUCAUAAUGGUGGUGAUAUUGAAAUGAAAGAUUCAUCAUCUAUUCCAUUACAAUAUUCAACUUCAUCUGCAACAUCAUUACAAGACUCAACUCCAUCACUCCCAACUUCAUCUGUAAACAUUAAACCAUCUGCCAAACCAACUGAUAAACAAAAGAUAAAGAAAUCUUCUUCCUCAUCAUCGGUAUCGUCAUCAUCAUCGAAAAAGACGACGACCAAAUCACCUUCACCUCCUGGAAUUACAUCACCAAAUAUCACCGCUGGUGACGAAACAAUCAUAGUUGAUAGUAACCAAGAGAAAUCACCAUCUCAUGAAUUUUCAUACGAUAUAAAUGCAUUAACAUGGGAUAUAGAUCAUCUUGAAAACAAAGAAAACCGAUAUUGUUAUUGUGGAAAUGGAUCGGAUCAACAUAUGAUCAGAUGUGAUUAUUGUUUACAAAGAUUCCAUAUUGGAUGUAUAAAGAUUCUUGGAGGGUCAAGUCAGAUGCAAGGAGAUUGGGUAUAUCGAUUUACCUGCUCCAUCUGCAGUAAUGGCAACGAAUCAUUGGAAAGAUUCUCAAAGAAUAUGGUAGAUAUUUUGGAAAUUGUUAUUUAUCAUCUCCAACAACAAAAUCCUUCACAAAGAUACUUUUCAUUUGAUAAUGAUAUUGUACCUGUUAUCGAUGAAAAUUGGUAUAUCUUAUGGAAUGAUAAAAAGAAAAAAGCAAAUUGGCAAAAACCAUUAUUAACAGCACUGUCAAAUGGUAGAAUAUUUAAAUCUGGAGCCAUUAAUAUCAAGAAACAAGGGUACUGGGCUUUGGGAAUGAACCAACUUUUAUUAAAAGAUAAUCCAAUAUUUAAAGAUAAAGUACUUGCUCCAUUACAUCGAAAGAAAAAGAAAAAGAAAUCAACUGGUGAAGAAAUUAGAUUUAAACAUUUAUCAACUUUAUUUUUAAUUCCAUUAAAAGAAGGGAAUUAUGUACCAAUGGUAGAAUACGACAUUAUGUGUAUUGCAGCACAAAACUCGGCACCACAGAUAACGAUAGAGAGUGAUUUGUUGACGGUUAGGAACAUGUCUGGCUAUCGUAUGACAAAGGCAUCGUUCCCAUGUAUUUAUGGCAAUUGGUAUUUUGAGAUACAAGUGUUGAACAAUGAAGGAGCGUGCAGACUUGGUUGGUCUGCCUUUAGAGGUGACAAACAAGCCAACGUGGGCUACGAUCAAUUCAGUUAUGGAUACAGAAGUCAAGGUGAUAUCUUUCACAAAGCACGUGGUAAAUCGUAUGGAGAGAAAUAUCAAGCAGGCGAUACAUUGGGAUUCUAUAUUAGUUUACCAAGUCAAAAUUUACACAAGACAAACAACAACAAUAACAACCACCACCAACAAGAAACAACAGAUAUAUCAAAGAUUAUAUUUACAGACAAGACAGAUCAAGUUGAAAUCUAUGAAAGAGUUGCAGAGGAAUUAGAGACAGACACACCAGCGGUAUUGGAGAAUAGUGAGAUACGAUUCUUUAAGAAUGGAGUGUCCCCAGGAGUUGCAUUUACAGGUCUUGGACGUGGAAUGUAUUAUCCAGCAGCAUCAAUGUAUAUGGGUGCACAGGUCCGUUUCAACUUUGGACCAGACUUUAAAUACCCACCUCAAGGUGGUUUAUCUUUUAGACCCAUGAGUGAUGUUGUUAAUAUUAUUCCAAAAUAA